AUGGCUACCCUGCUGAACUCGACUUACACCGAGCUCACCGAGAAGGCGGGCGAGACCACCCUCACUAUCCCCGCCAUCACCAUGGACGACUACCUAGGCUUAAACGCCGCCCUCUACGAAUGGGCUGACAGCUACGACUCCAAAGACUGGAACCGCCUCCGAAAAUGCAUCGCCCCAACUCUCCGCAUCGACUACCGCUCCUUCCUCGAUAAACUCUGGGAAGCCAUGCCCGCCGAAGAAUUCAUAACCAUGAUCUCCAGCCCCACCGUCCUCGGCGACGCCACCCUCAAGACGCAGCACUUCGUCGGCGCCUCGCGCUGGGAACGCGUCUCGGCCGACGAGGUCGUGGGCUACCACCAGCUACGCGUGCCGCACCAGCGCUACGACAGGGACCCGGCUGAGGAAGGGGCCCGGGUGACGGUCAAGGGGCAUGCGCAUUCGGCGAACAAGCAUUGGUAUAGGAGGGUGGACGGGGUGUGGAAGUUUGCGGGGUUGUGUCCGGAUAUUAGGUGGUUUGAGCAUGAUUUUGAUAGGAUUUUUGCGGACGGGAGGGAUAAUUUUGGGGAGAAUGGGAACUGA